CCCCUUCCGGAGCCCGGAUGAAGAGUAACGCCAUUACCGCCGGAGCCGCGGAGAGCACUGGCGGGCGGUGACUGGACACCGGAUCGGCUGCGCCAUGAGAUUCCUCUCCCGCCUGCUUCUGCUUCUCUUGCUCGUGUUCCCCGCUACCCUCUUGCUCCGCAGCGGCCCUGGAGGCUCAUUAGCUACAGCUCAGGAUCUUACAGAAGAUGAAGAAACAGUGGAAGAUUCAAUAAUCGAAGAUGAAGAUGAUGAAGCAGAGGUGGAAGAAGAUGAACCUACAGAUUUGGCUGAAGAUAAAGAGGAAGAAGAUGUAUCUGGUGAACCUGAAGCUUCGCCAAGUGCAGAUACAACUAUCCUGUUUGUGAAAGGAGAAGAUUUUCCAGCGAAUAACAUUGUGAAGUUCCUAGUAGGCUUUACAAACAAGGGUACAGAAGAUUUUAUUGUUGAAUCCUUAGAUGCCUCAUUCCGUUAUCCUCAGGACUACCAGUUUUAUAUCCAGAAUUUCACAGCUCUUCCUCUGAACACUGUAGUACCACCCCAGAGACAGGCAACUUUUGAAUAUUCCUUCAUUCCUGCAGAGCCCAUGGGUGGACGACCCUUUGGUCUAGUCAUCAAUCUGAACUACAAAGAUUUGAAUGGCAAUGUAUUCCAAGAUGCUGUCUUCAAUCAAACAGUUACGAUUAUUGAAAGAGAGGAUGGGUUAGAUGGAGAAACAAUCUUUAUGUAUAUGUUCCUUGCUGGUCUUGGGCUCUUGGUUGUUGUUGGCCUUCACCAACUCCUGGAAUCUAGAAAGCGCAAGAGACCCAUACAGAAGGUAGAGAUGGGUACAUCAAGUCAGAAUGAUGUUGACAUGAGUUGGAUUCCUCAGGAAACUUUGAAUCAGAUCAAUAAAGCUUCACCAAGAAGGUUGCCCAGGAAACGGGCACAGAAGAGAUCAGUGGGAUCUGAUGAGUAAAUGUCCCUUUGUGCAACAAUUCAGUCUUUACUUAACCUGCCCUAAUGUUUUUCGGCCUGAUGGGAGUUAGUGCAGAGAAGCCAUAUCACCAUAGAAGGCAACUACUGCUUAUGUGUGGACUGAGCCAUCAGAGUCUGUGGCGAUAAUAUUACUGAAAAUGCACUGCAUUCAUUUUUCUAAAGUAACAAAUUUGGGUUUUUUUAAGCCAUUAAAAUCUAUGUGUGUGCGUGUGUAUGUCUGUGAGCAGUUGGUGUUACCAGAAUCAUUGUUGAACUACCUGAAGCCUGCCUUUAGAAUACUAAAUAUAAUGCUGUUAUCUCUUUUUGACAUUUUCUGAUAUUUCCCCCAAAACUCAAUAUUUGUUCAAUAUGAUGGUCAAUGUCCUCCCUUAGACUGUUUUAAAGAAAACAGUUUUGUUUCUUUCUUAGAAUUGCUCAAAUCCAGUUGAUGGCGCAAAUUAGUAUUUUGUUACUGUUGCUCUUUUACAACUAGUAUUCUAAAGGCACAAACAGGAGUAGCUGCUUUUUAGCAAUAGAACUGUUUUGGUAUUUUGCUGCUGUUUACUAUAAUGCGCACCUUCAGAAAACUUCCCAAAUGAGUCCAAGGAAUUUGGGGAUUUCUAGCAACAAAAUUGUGAAGCAUGAGAAUUCUGCUGAUUUUGAUAUAUAAAACCACCUCACCCUCUUUUUCUUUUUUUACUUUUUUUUUUUUUUUUUAAGAAACUGGUACAUUUGUGGGACCUGAGUUGUGUUACCCAUUGUUGUUUUAUUUCUGACCCACUUAGUUCUUUUUGUUUUUUUUAAUCAUUUUUUCCUUAAUAGGAGUAUCUUGCUUAAGAAAAAUUGUCUGUGUCUAUAGACUAAGCAAAAAGUCAGUUUAUAGGGGCAGAGAUAUAUUACAAGUAAUACUAAUCUGUAAAAAAAAAAAAAGAAAAAAGCUGGCUAUUUUUUUAAGUAGUUAACCAGUUGGUUUUUAUCUAAUCUUUUGGGUAUUUUGUUCAGAAAAACUUUUUUAAAUAGUUAAUCUGAAGAAUUCCAAAAUUUUAAGCACUUAAGAUCUCAGAACCAAAAUUAAAUUGGACUUUAUAAAAUCCUGUUAGAGUCACUCUUGUCCUAGGUAGUAAAUUAAGUUUGGCAUUAUUGUCAGACUAGAUAAAGGGUAAAGUAAAAUAGUAUGAACAGAUAAGAGGCCUUUCCCCUCUGCUUUUAAGCCAUAUUCUCCCACAUAUAUUUUGUAAAGAAAUGGUAAAUGAAAUUCUAGUGGCUAUUUAAUUCCUGAUCUGUCUUAAUACAAUGAACUGACCCCUCCCCCCUCGUCUUUAUAAUCCCCACCCAUGCCCACAUGAAACCACAGCAAAACAAGACACACAAACAAAAAAUCUUACCAAGUUCUUUUAAGUAUUUAAACAUCUGAGCCAAAGCCUAUGACAAUAGAAUAGAAGUUAUUAUUGUAUAGUUGUUAAUCACUUUGCAAGUAGGGGCUAAGGUGUCAAAUUAUCUAUAUUGGCGUUGCUGAACUAUAAACAUUCUAUACCUGUAAUAUAAAGUGUUUGAGUUUUUAAUUGGGCUGUAUGAUCAGUAGCUUAUUUUGAAAAAGCUCUAUGAGCUGUAAAAACUGCAUGUUUUUUGUUUAAUGUAAUAUAGGAGACCCUCCUAUAUUCCUUCUCAAGGAAUAUAUUUCAAAACAUUGUUUUGUGAAUUCCUAAGUUUGUGAAACUAUUAGAACAUAACGCAGUGAGGUGUAAUUACAAAAUUUAAAUGGUUUCUAGACAGUUUCAUUGACUACUCGGUGGUACUUAGGCAUUGGCAAAGCCACACUGAGUUACAGGUGCCAGCCCGUCUGACUCCUAAGGAAUUUGCCUUACAUGCUAGCCUUUCCACUGCUGAGGUUCAAAUUAGUGCCUCAGAAAACAUUUGUCAUGUUUUAUUUUUUAGCAUCGAUUGGGAACAGUUGAAAACUUAAAUCCUCAACUGCCAGGGUCUUCUAUAGUAUCAGUAUGUGUUUAGCAGAAAACUAACUCCGUAAUGAAUGGAAUUCAAUUCCACACAUGGUUUGUUCAAGCACACUUAAUAAGUAGCCUAUUUUUUAAAUGUCUUUUUUAAAUGUAAAUAUUUGGAUGAAGUUUUUAAAGUUUGUUUUGAUAUAUUCAUUUGCUACACCAACCAUGGUUUCAGAAUUCACCUUUUGAGCUAAUUGGUUUCAGAAUCUGUAAAAUGAACGAAGAAUCUUGUGUAUCAAACCUGUCACGCAGACAUGUGAGAAUAAUGUGUUCAUAAAGCAUGGAUCUUGCUUUCGUUGUAUAGCUUCAUCAUUCAUUUCAUGGUCUUAUGUAGUGAGUGACUUUUCAGACUACCCCUGCCCUCUGAAGUGUUGUCUGAGCAGGGUGCUGGGGUGGGAAUGGGACCUGCAAGAUCCUGAGGAAGAUAGAAGUCAGAAGAAAAGGAACAUGGACUUGAUUUUAUAAAGUAGUUUUUAAAUAAGUUUCAGAAAAUAGUGACUUUGAUAGGAGGAAAAAGCAAAUUUAGAUCUUAAAAAAAAAAAAACCCAACAUUAAAAAGCCACUGCCUGAAAGGUGUAUUUGCAGUGCAUUAGCCUAUAUUUGUCUUUGCCUCUAUUGAGGAGUAGUUAAUGGUGGUAAUGUGACCUUGAAAUCUUUGUUUAAUGACUGAACAUUAUUUUGGAGAUACAGUAGUAGGUAAAUGUAAUAUGUCAGUCUCUCAUACAGCAUUCAUCUUUUUUGAUACAAUGAUAUCCAUACCCUUGGUUUGAAGAAAAAAGAAACUUGGUUAGUGCAUUUAAAUAAUGAUGUAAUUUUUUUUUUUUUUUUUUUUUUUUUUACCUUGAACUUGGCAAUACACAUUGUCUCUCCAGGAUUUUGAUAGGUUACAAUCCUUGGUUUUUCUUUAUUUUAGUUCCAAAAUUAGAUGUUAGCUUAAAUUUAAAAAUUUAAGUCUGUAUUUCCACGUACACUUGAAAUAAUUUGCCACAUUUUUGGACAGCAUCAUUUAUAGCUGUAAAAUCAAUACAUUUGUUCUGGUUUUACUAAAUAAAAUCCUACUUUGAACUAAUAUCUCCAGCUUAGUGAAGAGCAGCCUGACCUGUCGGGCCCUCACUACUAGCAUAAAGUAGAGUAUUAGGAUAGUACGAGGCAAGAACAGAACUGACCUGCAGACUUCUCAACAGUUUUCUUUACGCCUCUUACAGAACUGUACCAGUUAAUAUUUGUAUGAUUUUAUUUGUUUACACAAAAGCCUAGACUUUCAUAGUAAUUAAUUCUAUAUGUAAUCUGAAGUUCUGGAGUUUUCCCUUUUUCAGACUUUGGAAUUAUUUCUUGAGGUUCUGGUACCAUUUAGCUGCUUUUUUAGAAAAGGAAUUCAUUUAUUAAUAACAUCAGCCAUGGAUUGUGUUCUCUUGGGCCUUUCCAUUCAUCUUCUAAUAAACCUUCAUAGCAACUGAAGGAAGGUGAUUCUCACUUUAUAGGUGGAAAAAACAAAACCUCCUGAAUUUUAAGUAGCUUGCGUAAGGUGUUACAUAUUGAAUUUAGAUUCAGAGCUUUUUCUAAAACUCCCACAUUCUUUCCCCUGCACCAUGUUUAAGAUGGAAAUUUUAUAAAACCAAGCAUUUGGGCAGCUUACAAAUACUUGGUUUUCCAGAAUUAAGCAACUGAAAAGUUCCAAUAAACUCAGUACUUAUUAUCUGUAUUUGUACUAUACAGUAGGAUAUAAAUGCCACUCAACUCCAGAAUACUAUGAAAUAACCCCAGUGAGUCUUCUGAGCUGUUAUAAAUCAAUUUGUGUGUUUGUGGUGUAUACAUAUAAUUUGAAAUUUUUUAUAUACUUCAGUUAUCCACGGUACCCUAUUUAAUCUUGAUAAUGACACCUCUUUAAAUACCCUUGAUUAACAAAAUCAUGGUCUUCAAAAACA